GAGAAGAGGACGAUGAUGAUGGACGCGGAGCUCAAUGCGCUCGACGAAGACGCGCUCGUACGCCGAGUGCUGGGCGACGACCAUGGAGGCGACCUGACCGGCUACAAGUCGCCCCAGACGAAGCAGACGCUUCUGCAUCUCGCCGCCGGCCGCGGGUACGAGCGCCUCACGCGAGCUCUCUUGGCCAAGCAUGUUGAGCUCAAUGACCAGGACGAUGGUGGCAAGACGGCGCUCGUCGUCGCGGUCCUCUCGGCCAACAUAGCGAUCUUCCGCCUCCUGGUCGACGCCAACGCCGACGUCCACAUCACCACGAGCGAGGGGUAUUCUGCCUUUUACAUUGCAGCCCGAACCAACCAAGCGGCCAUGGCGCAGGUGCUGCUGCCGCGGCUGCACGACGGCGGCGCCCGCGAGCUUCUCGCAGCCCUCCAUGACGCAUCGCCCGACGACGCCGUGCGCUGCCUCUUGCACGCAGGCCUCUCGCCGCCGAUAUUUCACGCGGUGCUGGACCGUCCGAGCCUCUUGCGUGUCUUCGUAGCACACGACCCUGCCAUCGUCCACCUCAAGGACCGGUACGGUCGCACGGCGCUGGCGCGAACCGCUUCGUCGGGCAACCUCGAUGCGUGCCGUCUUUUGCUCCAGUUUGGGGCGAGUCUCGAGGCCAAGGACCACCGCGGUCGCUCGGUCGUGUACCUCGCAGCUUGCCACGAGCAAGGAAGCGUACUGCAGCUCUUUGCCGCCGAGACGACGUCCGUCGCCCUCUUGGUCACCAGCAAGGACGACGAGCACCGAACGCCGCUGCACGUGCUGGCCGAGCGCGGGAGUCUCCGUGGCUGCAAGCUCGCGUGCAAGUACCAUGCCAAGCUCGAUGCAGCGGACAUGGACGGUGCGACGCCGUUGCACAUUGCGGCGAGCCUCGGACAUGCCGACCUUUGUCGCUUCUUUGCAAAGCGAGACGAUCUCGACUGCAACGAUGCGCUCGUCUACCGACACGCGUCGGCGUCGUGGCUCGUGGUCACGACGCGCCGCCUCUUGACGAUCUACAGCGAGCUCUUCGACCUCGGUGUGCCCGCGACGCUGGCGGCGUACGGCAGUCUCCGUGUACGCGACUUUGAGAUGAACACGCUGCUGCACAUGGCAGCACAGCACGUGAGCGACGUGCACGCCGACUACCUUUUGAACGCGCUACACCGCACGGGGAAGAUCCCCAUCAACGUUCUUAACUGCUACGGCAAGACGCCGCUUGAGAUGGCGCAGCACGCCUGCAGUACCAGUGUCCUGCGCGCGAUGGGCUCCAACGACAUGUUGCGAACGCUUGACAGCGCCACCGCGCUCCAUGAGGACGACGACUGGACCCUUUGUGCUCCCGCAAAGCUGCGGCUGCUCGUGAGUGAGAUCAUGGAGGGCUACUGCUACCUCGGUGACCCCGCAACGCUUGUUGUCUGCAGCGAUUCGGGCGAUACGAUCUUGCAUGCGCUUCUCGAUGCGAUCGAGGCCAUGACACCGCGACCGACCGACGCACACCAAGAAGAGAUGCUUCUGGGGCCCAACUGGCUCGCCAGCCCACAUAUCGGUGUCGUCGCGCAGCUGCUCGGCAAGCCGAACUGGACAGGGCUCGCGCCCUUGCACAAGGCCGCGGCCAUCGGCGCCCUUGGUGCUUGCCGCGCGCUCGUGCAUCGCGGUGCGGACGCUGCGAGUUCGGUCGGCGAUCGCCUCAAGCGCCCAAGUGCGCUCUGCACGACUGGCUGGCAUGCCGUCAACUUUGCCGCGUCGCUGUCGUCCGACGCAGUGCUGCGGUACUUUCUCGCCACGCCGAGCGCGCUCCCGACUGCGCCGUCGGCCGUGGCGCAGCUCAAGAGCACGGUGACAUCGCAGCACCCGUCGCUUCUUCCGACGUUGCUAGCGCGCCUCGACGAUGCGAGUACGACGACACCGGCCGUGCUCGAAGCCAUCGCCCGCUGCGAUGCGUUUUACCAUCCCGAGGGCCUUCCUGUCGACGACGCGAGUGCGCUUCUCGUCUUUCACAUCGUUGUGGAAGCCGAUCGCUGCGGUGUCGAGGCGCUUUGGCACGUCGUGUGCGCGGACUGCAUCGUGCGCUCGACCGGCGACACACUCCUGCACAUCUUUGCCGCCGACACGGCCCGCGACCGGACGCCCGAGCUCACGUACCUUCUCACGACCGCCAAGAUGGACGUCGACACGCUCAACAAACGCGGUCAAACUGCAUUGCACGUGGCGUGCGAGCGUCACCUGCCUGGUAUCUGUGCGUACUUGCUCUCGCGCGGCGCCGACGUGCGGCGCAGCUGCCGCAACGCGCCCCACUGGAUGGGUACCUCGUCGAUCGUCGACCGAGGGAUAUCCGACUCGCGGCUUCUGCGGCCAACGCUCGACGACGGCAGCGACAUUUCCAUGAUGACGGACGAGGCGUGGCAGACGCCGCUGCACAUUUGCCUUGGCCAAACGCUGCGUCGGCUCAGUUCGAGCCAGAUCCAAGCCAACAAUGCCGUCGUCGAGCUGCUUUUGCAGCAUCCAGCGUCGCUAGUCGAGCCAUCGGCCAGUGUGCCGGCCUCGUCGUCUGCGUCCUGCGCUUGGAACCGCGCCGCGUUUGACCGGAUCGUGACGGAUUUUGACUUUGCCCUGCCUGCGUACCUCGACCAUUUCGUGCAGGUCAAGCACUGGCACGGCACGACGACAUACCGCUUCCAGUGCGUGCGCGACGUGUGCCGCAACCUCGACCGUAUCAUGGCCACGACGGGCGAGACCGGUCGCGUCCUUUUACACCCGACCGUUCGCAACGCCCUGCGCGCCAAGUGGCACCUCUUUGGUCGACGCAUGUACCGCAAGGAGCUGUGCUUGUCGGCGCUCCUCCUUGCCUGCUUUACCAUCUCCAACUACACGCUCGUGGCCGACGAGACACCAACCAGACGAUUGUGGCCCGAUGACGUUGUCGUCGUUGGCUUCAAAGGGCUCACGUGGCUCCUUGCCCUCUACCACCUUUUGUACGUUGAAAUGUGGCAAGAGAUGCGACUCGACGCGUCGGCGUACUGGACGUCGCUGUGGAACUACAUCCACAUUGCGUCGUACUUGCUGCUGCUGUUGUCGAUUCCGAUGGACGCCCUCGACGUCCAUACGUCCAUCAAGGAGUCGUGUCUCAGCGUCGCCAGCAUCCUCCUCUUGUUCGGGCUCCUCCAAGGGCUCCUCGUCUUCUCGUACUUCUCCGUGCUCCUCUUUACGUUCUCGCGCAUGCUCAAAGUCGCGCUCAAGUUUUGCCUCUUGUAUGCGAUCCUCCUCGUGGGCUUCACCGCGGCCUUCUACCUCGUCUUUCACGGCGUCGCCGGCCACACGAGUCUCCGCGAGACGUUCGUGACGGUCUUCUUGAUCAUGUUUGGCGAACUCAACUUCCACGACGUCUAUGGCGCGACUACCAACAGCGUCCGGUAUACCGCCGGCCUCCUCGUGCUUGUCACGUACCUCCUUUGCGUCAACAUUGUCGGCCUCAACAUGCUCAUCGCCAUGAUGACGGCCGAGUACGACAGCAUCAAGAGCCAAGCCCAAGUGCUCGCGGUGAAGGAGCUCGCCAACACGCUGCACCGGUACGAGGCGUGGCUCGGCCCCGCGUCAGUCGAGCGACUCUAUGCGUCCGAGACGCUCGGGUCGUUCGCGUCGUACGCCGAAGCCGCCACGACCAUCUCGCGGCCGGCGGACGACGGCAAGACAACGUCGCAGGCUGAAAACCUCAACCUCCAGGCGGAGCUGCAGCAACUCGCGGGCCGCCUGCACGAGCUGAGUUCGGACGUGCGAGGUAGCGUCGCCAAGGUCCUUCGCCUCGAGGAAGUUGUGCACGAGCACGUGACGGCGCAGCACGAGUUGCUCGCAUCGAUUUUGGAGCAUCUCCAACGCCCCAGUGCAACGUAGCGAUGGAUAAGGGAUUAGAUAAAAGAACGG